CCAUGUUUUUUCCUUUUUCCCCCAUUUUUUCCCUGUAAAUUUUAAGGUUUGUACCAGCAGACAGAGCCCAGAAAAAAAUCCAUGGCGACAGAUACAAAAUCGAGCAAUUCAAUGAAGAUGAAGGCAUCAUCAUCAUCAUCUUCAAAACCCAGUAAUUUAAUAGAUUCAAAACCCAAGAUCGAAUCAUCUGCCCUGAAGAAGAAAUUUGCUGAUGGAUCUAUCAAGAAUUCUUCUUCUGCUUCUGCUUCUGAUAUCAAGAACAGAUCCACCACUAAUUCCUCUAAAACGGUAAAGAAAACGACGACACAAACGGUGACCAAAACCAAAACCAGAGAGAAGAAAGUCUAUUCGUUAGCUGGCCAGAAAUUUGAUGUUCCUGAGGAGCGCGAACCUUUGAGAAUAUUCUAUGAAUCGUUGUCGAAGCAGAUACCUUCAAGUGAAAUGGCUGAGUUUUGGUUAAUGGAGCAUGGGAUGCUGUCUCCCGAUAGAGCGAAAAAGGCGUACGAGAAAAAGCAGAGGAAGCAGAAGCAAAUUCGGAUGGGCACUCCGAUAAAAUCUCCACCGCCCUAUGUGCCGAACAAACCCGAGAGUUCGAAACGGGCCCCGCCACCAGUUCCCAAGAAUGGCGAAGUAAAAGCAAAGAAGCGGAUAAUGAACGACAGUGAUGACGAGGACGACGAUUUUGUGCUGAGCCACAAACGAAGAAAAGGGUAAUAAAAAUUAAUAACUAGUAAGUAUAGAUUGAUAUGUUGUUUGUACAACGAACUCUAUAGUUUUCUAGCGAUCGAAUUCGGUUGAGAAUCGAUGAAUUUGGACGAUUCAUUACUUCUGAUUAACUAUAGCAAAUAGCAAGUAAAAGAUGUACCGAAAUUGUGAUUCUUGGUCAUAAUAAAAUUAUAAUUCGACAGUGA